CGCAUGCGCUGACUAAAUGACGAAAUACCUUAUUCCGACGAGAACACCACGUGAAAGCGGUACGACAAGGUUACAAGGGUUCACUUACAACUAUUCUUGUAAAACAUGUCGUGGCUAUUUGGAAUCGGUAAAAAAAGUCAGGAUGAUAUACCCAGUAUUCAGUUACCCCAUCCUCCAUCAGGAGGUGGAGGAGACGCAGCUGGAGCGGGGACAGCUUCGAGUGGUGGAGGUGGAGGAGGAUUCUUCGGGGGGAAACAAAUGGAUGCGUAUCACUUCGACUCCGCGGCUUUAGAACGCGCCGCUAAGGCUGCUCGAGAGCUUGAACAAUCAAGAUAUGCCAAGGAAGCAUUGGACCUUACAAAACAACAAGAGGCCUCUAAACAGCUUGAGCUGCAAAAGCAAAUAAAGGAGUAUGAAGCACAUAUGGAACAGUUAAAAGUGGAACAAACAAGAGUACAUCAGGAGGAACGCAGAAAAACCCUUGCAGAAGAGACAAAGCAUCAGAAUCAAAGAGCGCAGUACCAAGAUCAACUAGCACGGAAACGCUAUGAUGAGCAGCUUGCGCAGCAGGCUCGUAUGCAGGAAGAAAAUCUCCGCAAGCAGGAGGAAUCUGUAAGGAAACAAGAGGCAGAGCGAUUAGCCACCAUGGAACGAGAAGCAGCACUCCGUCAUAAGAACGAGGUGAGCAGGCUUGAAGCAAAGUAUCGAGCAAAAGCAAAAGCUGACAGGGAAAAUCAAGAUCUCAUACGGGAAAACAUUAAGCUACAGGCAUCGGAAAAACGAAAGAUGGUGCUUGAAUCAAUUACGACUGUAGGAGGUGUUCUAGGGAGUGGCUUUGAUGCAUUUAUAUCUAACUGGGAUAAAGUAACAGCAACGGCCUUAGGAAUCACUCUGGUAGGUGCGGGUCUGUACUCUUCAAAAUAUGGACUUGGUCUUGCAGCCAAGUUUAUAGAAUCAAGGUUUGGCAAACCCUCCCUUGUCCGAGAGACUUCUCGUUUUACAGCUGUUGGAGCUUUAAAACAUCCUAUUCAGACAAUUAAGAAUAUGCAGCUGAAGCCAGAAGAUACUCUUAAAGGAAUAGUACUUAAGCCUGAACUGGAAGAGAAAUUGAGAGACGUUGCUAUAGCAACAAGGAAUACAAAAAGGAAUAAAAGAUUUUAUCAGAACUUACUGGUGUAUGGGCCACCUGGAACAGGAAAGACUAUGUUUGUGAAGAGCCUAGCCAGGCAUUGUGGAAUGGAUUAUGCUAUCAUGACUGGAGGAGACGUAGUACCUUUGGGAGAGACGGCUGUAACAGCAAUUCAUAAGGUGUUUGACUGGGCACAAACCAGCAGGAAAGGUGUCUUGCUGUUUGUUGAUGAAGCUGAUGCUUUUCUUAGAGACCAUCACAAGGAGCUGAUCAGCGAGAACUUGCGACAUGCCCUCAAUGCAUUCCUUUACAGAACAGGAGAACAAUCUAAGAAGUUUAUGCUUGUGCUGGCCAGCAAUCAGGCUGAGCAGUUUAACUCUGCGAUCAAUGAUCGUUUGGAUAUGAUGAUAAAGUUUGACCAUCCUGGGCUUGAAGAGCGUGAGAGAAUGGUUCGCCAGUACUUUGAGGCAUAUGUUUUAAAACCAGCUUUAGAAAAAAGUUUGAAAGUUGAGCAGUUUGACUAUGGGGCUAAAUGUAAGCAAAUUGCUGCCGUGACAGAGGGAUUUUCAGGACGUGAAAUUUCCAAGAUGGCUUUGGCUUGGCAGGUCCAGGCCUCCAUUUCAGAAGAUGGAACACUAACAGAGAAGAGGGUAGAUGUUAUAGUAUAUGAAGCACUUCAGCAGCACAAGGUAAAGAUGGAAUGGCAUCAAAAAAGAGCGGAAUUACAUAAAAGCAGAAGUGAAGUGGACCCUCUUCCAUCGUCUUUGCCUACACAUUAGAAACUAGAGUGCUUACAGAAAAUGAUAAUCAGAUAGCAAAUGAAGCAUUUAAAGCAGCAUAAGAUAAAGAUGAAAUGACAGCAUCAUGAAAAACCAGCAAAAUGAACAAUAGCAGUCUAUCUGAAGGUCUCUUGAAGGUUAAACAUUUAUUAAUCUCAAGUAUAGAUGCUCAUUUGUUUCUGUUAUGUAAGCAUAUGGAAUAAUACAUAUUAAUCAUUUUUUAUUAUCAUCAGAAGACAGUGUUUUCUUAUUCACAUCCCAUUUCAUUAAUGUUUUUCAUGAUUCAAACAAAGCAUUCAUAAUGUUUGUUACUGAGGCUGCUCUAUGAGUAGAACAGAUUUGAAAAAAGUGUGGACCCAUGUUUGCGAGUCUUAUUUUUAAUGGACUGGCACUUUGGGAAUCAUAUAUAAUACUGUGGUUUACUUUGAUAGAGAUUUGUUUAAAAUGUGCCUCUAUGGUCAUUUUAUUGUUGUUUGAGGAAAACAAAUGCUCUGAGAAAGGUUGAUAGUUUUACACAGCAUUUUUGAUGUUUGUGAUAGUGUGCAAGAGAUAUACAUCUGUAUUGCAGUCAUGUGUAGUUGUUUGUGAAUGUUUUGAGGAUAAAUGCCAUACAUGGACACUUUUUUGGGUGUUCCUUAAGUUUCAGUUUUGAAUUUUUCUAGUUUUAAAAGAGCUAAAAUUUGCUUUGUAAUAGGUAGAUGCUUGUGAAAAUGCAUCAUCCAGUAUAAUCACUAUUGAUCUUAGGUUUUCAAAUUUCCAUUUAAGUAAAACAUAAUACAUAUGAGGAAACGUAGCGUAAACUGUCAUGUGAAAUCAUGUACAUGUUGGGUAAUAUGUAGUCAGACAACUUUUCUUUUUUUUAAUCAAUCUGCAUUUAGCCUUCUUUUGGAUAAUGUUAAAAUCUCCACUGGACUAUGUCCAAACCCUUUUGUUUCAUUGCACAACUGUGAAGAGGCUGUGUAUUAAUCCCAGUUCAUGCAAUCAUGUUUUGAAUUUGCAAGUAGUGUGUUUGUGGGCAUUGAGUGCAUAAAUUGUGACCUAAUCAUGUAUCAUAUACAUCAAUUAUAUGCAAGAUUUCAAACAGCAA